ACGGAAGUAAAGAACUGUAAAAUAGUGAAUAGCGAGCAGACGACGGACUGCAACCAAGUUUCUUCAUUCGACGUCCAGGGUAAGUAUCACCAUGGCGCGGCAGUUUUUCCAAACGCAGUUUCUGUCCUCGUUUUUCUUCCUGCUACGACGGUUUUCCCCUAGAACAAACAACAGCCGAGCAGCAAAACUCCUGCAGAUAACAGCGGUGCUAUUCGUGUCCUCGGUUUUCGCCCGGUUUGAAGAGCAAAGCGGGGCUCAUAGCGAUGCUGUCGACGGGAAUGAGCAGGUCCUUGUAGACGAAGGAGUUGAGGACCUCGGCGAGGACUUCUACGAGGGUGUAGACGACGUCGAUACUGGUGUCGUCCUAACUCAGCGACACUACGAAGUAGAAGAAGAUGAAGAGGACUACUCCAGCGGUGCAUCCUACACGCCGGACGAGGAUUCCAACUACCCCCGAGAAGUAGAAGAUGAUCACAGUGAAGAUCCCUUCGAAGAUCAUGAUGCACUUGUUCCACCAGAAGCCUUCGUCCAGCAACUAAGCAUUGCAAAUAUGUCUGGCUCUGGAACUCUGCCACUUGUCAUGCCAACACUGAAUCAUGCAAAAAUCUGUGUUGCAUGAUUACCAAAUGCUGUUUAACACUUUUGACCUAAAAACCGAGAGGCGGUUUCUCAUGCAGGACAGGCAUGAUAGAACUCUCGUCAAAGAGUCUGUCAUGCUAUGUCCUACUUGUGAGAUUUUAUGGGUCAUGGAAGACCUGCAUGACAAGUCUGGCACUCGUCCAGACCCAGACAUAUUUGCAGUUGAUAGCAACGCGCGUUUUACGCCAACGACGAUCCGAACGAACUCGUAUCAAGUGUAAAAAUGUCUGGGUCUGGAAGAAUGGAAGGCUUGUCAUGCUUGUCUGGCAUGACCCAUGAUGCUUGUAAUGCAUGACCCAGCAUCACAGAUUUUUGGAAAGCUUCCUGAUGCCCUAUCCGCAUGACAAAUGCCCUCCUCGCGUAGCACAAAUGUGGCUCCUCUUGCUGGUCAUGCAAUUCAGAUUUUUUUAGCGCCAAAGUUAGCAUCACAAGUUCCAACUUUCCAGACCCAGACAUUUUUACAUUUGAUAAUUCGAGAAUAGGCACAACUUCAAACGGAAGAUCGGACCAAUAGCAGACAAGGGAAAAAAGAAAGAACAAGCGGGUGCUGGCACAAAGGACAACAGUUCUUCAAAUAAUAACGCGAAAGAACUACCCUCGAAAACAACGAGCACCGCCGAGCAAGAGAUCGAGGAAAUUUAUUUGAACGAAAUCAUCCACAACGACAUAGCGCCACCGCUGGAAUACCCCUGUUGUUGCCCAGCGGAUUUGACAGUCAACCUGUGCGUCUCGCUUGUGGAAGGUGGGUGCUUGGAAGAUGAGGAGAAAAAUCAUAGCGAAACGACGAAUAAAGCGAAACCAACAUCUUCAAAAGAGCUGCAGGGAAACAAGCACCAUGAUCACCUCGAGCCUUCUGUCUGCGAGUACCACAAAUCCGACGGGAAAUACAUCCGGGGGAACACGAGGGCACUGUCCUUCAAAACACCGGAGGGGAGAAAGAGACUGCAGCGGCUGAAGCAGCUAAAUACGGUGGGAAAGGACGGGAAAAAGAUUUCCGAGAUAGAAGAUGAACAGCAAGACCCAGAUAGUACAGAUAAAACAGGAGGUGCUGGAGCAUCCUCUUCUUCUUCCCCUUCUCCCAACGGAAAAGCAACAAAAACCGACGCAGGUGGUUCUUCGCGACCCGCAGCAGCAACAGAAGGUAAAACCGACGGUGGUCCUCCAACGGUCCCAUUAGACAGUAAAAUCUUCAUGAACAGCGCGAAUCCGUUCUCAAAAAGCGAGGAGGAGGUGCCGUUGAAUGCGGAGAUGUACCCGUGUUGCUGUAGAAUUGUCGGACAGGAGGUCAUAGAAAACACAGGAUCAGCAUCUUCUUCUUCACAAACUGUUUUACCAAAACAACAUGACAAAAUACAAUACGAGUGUGGCGUUUUAUCGGAAAUCUGCCUCAAAGACUUGAGAGAGAAAUUCGCAGCGGCCGCGCACUUGCCGGAACAACUACCAGACUCUUUCGUCAAAGAAACCGCAAACCUCAUGACCACCGGGGAUCGGGACGGAAAUUUGGAGAAACCGAACGAAGUUUUCAAAACCACUUUGUGCCACCGGUAUAGGAAGUACGACGUAGAUGCGGCGAGGGAAGAGGAACUAGCUGAACAAGCCAGAACAACUGCGGCCGCGGAGAAGAUGAACAAGGAAAUAUUAGACAAGGAUAAUGAUCCUGCAGCGGAAAGCGAAAGUACAACUUCGUCAAACUGGCAGUGGCAUUACGUGAAAUCAAAAAUCCGGGAAUUGAACGACGAGGAGAAAGUGCAGCUGGUGACAUUGCCGGUCGGGUAUACCUAUCAAGUGUAAAAAUGUCUGGGUCUGGAAGAGUCAUGCUGUUUCCGCAUGACACAGAAGGUCUGGCAUGGAAGCUCUAGCAUCACAGGUUUCGCGAAGCUUCCGCAAUGCCGAAUCCGCAUGACAAAUCUUGACUUUGGUGACAGAAAGCGGGAACUUUUGCUGCCUCUGCAUGAAGUAUUUUUUUGUGUUCUGAAAUGCGCAUCACAAGUUUGUACUCUUCCAGACCCAGACACUUUUACAUUCGAUAAUACCGCUGGGACGGAGGACAUCAAGCCGACGAUUGUGGAGGGGUAUAGAAAUUUGCCAUGCAGAAAUAGCAUACGUUUAUGUCUUUGUCAUGCAAAAUUUCGAUGAAAAAAAAAUUUAUUCAACAGCGCGCCCAACCUGGACUGGUCUGCGAUCGAUAAGCGAGAAGCGGACAAGGUAUCCUGUGCAAAAGUAUCGUACUCGUAGUAAUCGCAUUCAUGCAUUACAAAUCUCACUCUCAACGUAAAUCCGCAUUACAAAUUUUAUUUUUCAUGCUGAGGAAAUCGAAAUUUGUAAUGCAUUUAUACUAGUACGAUGCUUUUGCAAUGCAUACAAGGACCCAACGGAUGACGAGUAUUACGACUCCCCGGUGAUUAUCGGCGACGGCAAGGACGAUUUUUCCCUCUCCGAAGUGAUUAAUGGGAAGGAGGACCGGACGACGUUUCUGUGCACGGAAAUAGUCGGGGAGUUCGGGGAGUACGGCUGCGAAGACAACCGCUCGAUCGUGAAAUCCGAUACGGCGGUGUGCGAAGUUUCCUCUUCCAACGGGUUUAUGAGCGACAAACAAGAAUUUUUCCAGCCCGAAGAUUUUGCCGCGGUCAGCGAAGAGUUGUCGAAAAAAGUGAACGCCACCCGGGAAAAAGACGUGAAACGGUCGCAGUCGGAGUGCGAAGCGCAGUGCUGCAUGCAUGUCGAUGAGAAGCGGGAGCGGGACCUGUUGAUGAAGAUCGAGUUCGCCGUAUCCUGUGUAAAAACGUCCCCACCCCAGAGUCAAGAACAAGAUGGAAAUCCUGCAACACAAAUCCACACGUUUUGGGAAUCACGCAUGACAAGUUGCAGUGUGUAGGGUACUAGUGCAGGUCAGUAAGGACAGCCGCAUUACAAAUCCGUCUCAUCAUCCUGCUCACAGCAUCACAAAUUCCAAAACACAACUGAAAAUGCUUGUCGUGAGGAUGCGCAUCACAAAUGUUCGUGCCAUUGCAACUCUGCAUGACAACUCUGGGGCGGGGACGUUUUUCCACAGGAUAUGCCGGUUCACUGCUGGCGCUGAACGACACGGAGCAAUUUGAGUUGAAGACGUUGGAGGGAAAACGGAUGAAGUUGAAUCUCCUGGCCGAGGAGAUUGAGCAGGAAAGGCAGGGUAAAAACGACAACGGCACCGCUGGGUAUGCAUUAUCCUGUGCAAAAGUAUCGUACUAUGUAGUAAUUGCGUUUAUGCAUCACAAAUCUCUUUCUGAAGCUGAAUCCGCAUGACGAAUUCCUUUUGUCGUGCUGAGCUAACAAUUUGUAUUGGAAUAGAUUACUACGAGUACGAUACUUUUGCAAUGCAUAUGCCUCGGACGAGGCAGACAUAGACACGAUGCUGGCGAACGAAAUCAAACAGGAAAGCAGUUUGGAGUUAUUAGAUAACUUUGUCGGGAAUUUGAAAAGAGGAAACUUGCGGGGCGCGGGUAGAAGUACUUCUAGCAGGCCGCCGGAGAUGAAAGUAGAAGUAGAACAGCAACAGUAUGAAAAAUCAACAAUACCAACGACGACGGACACAAUUCCCCUAACAACGAGACCCGGAAACGAUAUCAUAGAAGCCGCGAGCACGGAAAUAGCCGCAGCAGCGGCGCUCAGUGCUGCAGCAACAACGACGAAAAGGCCGAGAUUGAGGGGAACGGCAAAGCAAGCGGCGAAAGUGGCGGCGGCGGAGAAAAAACAGGAAGACAGGAAAAGUGAUAAAAUGACAAUAGCAGACGAAGCAAUGCACCUGUUGCAGGAGAUUACCUAGUAAUAAAUACUUCUUAGAAGUAUUUAUUAUUAGGUAAGAGAUACUUCCUAGAAUCUAGGAGGUACUAAGGUUUACGCAAAAUAACUGCGCUGUAGGAUGAAACGAAGUUGUAGUAAUGCUUUUAGUUGUUUCACACGGGAAAACAACAUUUCAAU